AAAGAGCCUGUGAACCUCGCUUUCUUCUCUUCAUCUUCUCUCCGGUCUCCCUUCGCGAUUUCCGGUGCUAACACCAGCAUGAUCUCGAUCUCGCCCGGCCUACUCUGCAACACCCAUCACCAUCGCCCCUCGCCGCUCCUCUCCGGCGCCGCCGCGAACCGCCGCCGGCCCUCCGGGACGACGACGACUGCCCGUCUCGGCCCCCGCCGGUCGGUCGGCGGAGCGAGGAGGCUCGUGGUGAGAGGUUGCGCCGGGGGCGACGACGCGGGAGAGAGCGCGGCCGAGGCCGAGAGGAGGCGGCGGAGCUUCUUGACGCUGGAGGAGGCCGGCCUCAUCGAGAUCUCCGGCCUGAGCACCCACGAGCGCUUCCUCUGCCGCCUGACGAUAUCGUCGCUGAAUCUGCUGAGGGUGGUGGCGGAGCAGGAGGGUUGCAUCGAGGAGCUGAACGCCGGGAGGGUGUGCGACUGGUUCUUGAAGGACAAGCUGAAGCGGGAGCAGAGCCCCGAGUCGGCCGUCCUCCAGUGGGACGAUUCCGACUUCCAGCUUUGACUUUUUUCGCCUGCCGAUUUCUUCCCUUCCUUCCUUCCUUCCUUUUUUUCCGAUGCAGAGUCUGUCGUUUUAGCUGCGUUCGCAGGUAGGAUUUAACCGUUGCAGAGGAUGACAGAGCUCGUGUCUUGUCUUUUCGAGCAUGGACGUUUGUCCCUAACAUGGCAGUUCUUGUGUAUGGGAGAGAAGGGGAAUGGUGUGCCGAGUUCAUAGGCGAUGUGCCGGGCCAUGACCAUUAAUCGGACUUGACCCCAGAAGGUCUUGGAUUGUUGAUACUAGAUCUGUUGUCGAACGGGUGGAUCGAGUUAGGAUUUGGAUGGAUCGAAAAUGGUCUUACCCAAAUUAAUCUUUUUCUUUUUA